AUGAAUUCUACAAUAUUUCAUGCAACAUUUCUCUAUUUUCUAGUCAUAUUCUCACUUAUCAACCCAACCAAUUCUGAAGCUCUAGCCUCUCCAAUCUAUGAGUAUUUGAAAGAUUUAUGUCCAACUGGACAACUUCCAUUGACUAGUUCGAAGACAGUGAAGACGUGUGCAAAUCUGUGUCCACUCGGAGCAAUGUGCUAUAAGGGAAUAUGUUGUGUGCCGCCUCCACAGUGUAGGCAUCCAUCGUAUAGAACAUCAACCGGAUUCCCUUGCCUUCCAAAUGUCAAAAACAACUGCCCCGAAGGCUCUCAAUGUGUCUCGAGUAGUCAAGAUGGAAUGCAUAUUUGUUGUUCUUCUAAGAAUGUUGAGAAAAGUUUCCCCAUUUCCUCCCAUUCAAAAGUCGCUAAACCAAUGUCUAUGAAAAUAGAGAAGCCAGUCAAAUCAAUCAAAUCCACGUCUUUUAUCGUUUCCUCUUUAGUGCCUUCUGAUUCUUCUCAAAUUUGUCCAAAGUCUCAUCCAAUUAUUGCCCAUGACGGCAGAUCAUUAGUAUUGUGUAAGGAUUGUGUUCAAGGAGUUUGUGCGAAAUUUCGAACAAGCAACGUAGAAGUUUGUUGUCAGAAUUCAGAUGAUAUCUGUGGUCCUGGAAGUCAAGUUUUGAUGGAUGGAAUGGUUCCGAGGGAUUGUGAUAAGAAAGCAUGUGGGAAAGGUUAUGAAUGCUCUCUGACCCCAUCUGGUCUCCGAGUGUGCUGCUCUUUGGCUCGUUGCCCUUCAGGUGUUCUGGCGAGAUCCGUGUGUGCAGCUGGUUGUUUGAGAAACGAGAAAUGCACGGAAAUUCAGAAUGAAAUGUGGUGUUGUCCAUCGGAAGAGAACAGUUUCAGUAUCAGAAGAGAAUAUAUUUGUAGAGAGGGCGGGAAAGGAACGGGUGAAAAGUGUGAUCCAGCGUUCCCCGCCUGCUCUCAAGGGGCUUUAUGUGAGCUCAAUUUGGAGAACUCUGCGCAUAUUUGCUGUAAGAGAUAUCGAUCGAAAUUGGGUAAUCGGAAAACUCUACUUCCUCCUCCAUUCUUGUUCACCUCAACUACACAGAUGCCAACGACAACAACGACAACUCAGGAGCCGUUUCCAUUUGAAGUUGUUCCAAACUGCCAAGACCCUGACUCCCGUCCUCUAAUGGAAAACGGUCUCCCCUACAUGUGUCUCCGAUUAGGAGAUCCUUGUCUUCGUGCAGGAUACACUUGUCAAGAAUCUGAUAUUGAUGAUGUAUUUGUCUGUUGUUCUGUUCAAGCAACCCAACUCAAUCGUCUUCUUCCUCCACAUAUACCAGUAAUACCGAAAACUACAACUGAAGAACCAACCGAAGAGAUAAUUGCUCAGCCAUCGUGUCCAUUUUCAUAUAUGCCUUCGAAAAACGAUCAUCAAGAAGUUCAGAGAUGUUUGACUUUGUUUUCUUUAGAUUGUCCAUUCGGCUACACAUGUCUUCCUUCCUCAACAACUGACAGUUAUCUCUGCUGUAUUCGAAAACCUGCCAUAUAA